AUGGUAGCGCCAGGAAAGACGGGGUUGGAGGAGUCAUAUAGGCAACCGAAACGGAACAGGACUAGGAUGAAGAUCUGUACUUAUAACGCACAUACGCUUGCAUCGGAAGCGGCCAUCGAAGAUCUGAUGAUGCAAGCCAAGAAAACCAAGUACGACUUCAUUGGACUGACCGAGAAGAGACGACGUCAUCCUCUCAACACCGUAUAUGAAACUGGAGAAGAACAGUCCUUAGGAACAUGCAGCAGUAGAAGUGUUGGUGAACUUGGCGUCCUCAUCAACGCGAGUAUGGCAAAGAAAAUCGACUCUUUUGAACAACUUACAACCCGAAACGGACGUCUGCGGAUGAGAAGAUGUGGUCCAACACCACAUCUUCUCAUCUUUCUCGGAGGAUGA